CUGCGGUUCUGCACUCCCGCCAGCUGCUGCCCAGUCGUCACAGUGGGCAGCAGAGCUUCCAAGGAAGAUUUAAGUAGCAAGGGCCAAGGCCAACCUGCCAAAUCCUUCACUAGCUAGUUCCAAGAACACACCGAUCGACCGGCGAUGGCAGCAGCAGCAGCAAGCAGAGAGGAGCGGUGGAGCCUCGCCGGCAAGACGGCCCUCGUCACCGGCGGAACCAAAGGAAUCGGGCGCGCGAUCGUGGAGGAGCUCGCGGGGUUCGGCGUCCGGGUGCACACAUGCGCCCGGAGCGACGCCGACGUGCAGGAGCGGCUGCGCGGGUGGGCCGCCGACGCCGACGCGGGCCGCCUGAGCGGGCGCGUCACGGCCUCCGCCUGCGACGUGUCCGUGCGCGGCGACCGGGAGGCGCUCAUGGCCACGGCCCGCGCCGAGCUGGGGGGCAAGCUGGACAUCCUCGUCAACAACGCCGGGCAGACCUUCUUCAUGCCGGCCACGGAGAGCACGGCGGACGACUACGCCCGCCUCAUGGCCACCAACCUCGAGUCGUGCUUCCACCUUGCGCAGCUCGCGCACCCGCUCCUCGUCGCCGCGGGGGGCGGCAGCGUGGUGAACAUCUCCUCCGUCGCCGCGGCCAUCGCGUACCCGGUGCUUUCGGUGUACUCGGCGACCAAGGUGGCCAUGAACCAGCUCAGCCGCAACCUCGCCGUGGAGUGGGCGAGCGACGGCAUCCGCGUGAACUGCGUCGCGCCGGGGGGCAUCCGGAGCGACAUCCUCCAGAGCAGCGGCAUCGAGGUUGACAUGGAGGCGUUGCUAGAGAUGGGGAAGAAGGAGAACGAGCGCGUCGCGCUGGGCCGCAUGGGCGAGCCGGAGGAGGUCGCGUCGCUCGUCACGUUCCUGUGCAUGCCGGCCGCGUCCUACAUCACCGGGCAGGUCAUCUACGUCGACGGCGGUCGCACCAUAGCGGCCUAGGCCUCGCUUGCUGCUUGCUUGCUAGCUACGCUAGCUGCCACGGCUCCAUUAAACUGUUCUUUAUGCUACUAAGCAUCUUCGUUUCGAGUUCAAAGAAGAGUAGAAGACGACGAAAA